ACCCCUCUCUCUCUCUCUCUCUCUCUCUCUCUCUCUCUCUAUCUCUGUUCAUAAGAUUUCAAACGUUACAAUCGUUUUUCUCCUCAGCAUUAUUAAUCAGCCCUAAUCAAAUGAUUAAAUAAUCUCUCACCGCGUAUGCAAAGGGGUCCAAGAGCAAAGAAGCUCCGCAUUUGCUUCUUCACCCUCAGCUUCUCCUCUCCCUCUGAAUCUGAAAAGUUCUCUCCUUUUGGGCAUUUGAGCUGUUUUUGCUUUGGAUAUCAAAGACAAGCAAAAAAAAAUCUGAAACAAAAUGGAAGAGACAGAGAGCUUUGUCCCGUUUCGAGGCAUAAAGAACGAUAUCGAAGGGAGACUCAGAUGUUACAAACAGGACUGGACCAGUGGCCUCAGAGCAGGCUUCAGGAUCUUAGCACCGACCAUGUACAUAUUCUUUGCUUCAGCAAUACCAGUUGUUACAUUCGGAGAACAGUUGGAAAGAGAUACAGAUGGGAAGCUCACUGGUGUUCAGACGUUAGCUUCAACAGCCUUAUGCGGGGUAAUACACUCGCUUAUUGGAGGGCAGCCAUUGUUGAUCCUUGGAGUCGCAGAGCCUACUGUGAUAAUGUACACUUUCAUGUUCAAAUUCGCGAAGAGUAUACCAGAUUUGGGCUCUGAUCUUUUUCUCGCUUGGACUGGAUGGGUUUGCUUGUGGACCGGUCUGUUGUUGUUCUUGCUGGCUAUAUUGGGCGCUUGCUCCAUUAUCAAUAGAUUCACUCGCCUUGCUGGUGAACUUUUCGGACUUCUAAUCGCACUGCUAUUCAUGCAAGAAGCUGUUAGAGGCAUUGUGGAUGAAUUUCGUGUGCCAGGAGGGGCGAACCCGAGGUCAAUUGAAUUUCAACCUUCAUGGCUAUUCGCGAACGGAAUGUUUGCUUUGGUCUUGUCUUUUGGACUUCUGAUAACGGCCCUGAAGAGUCGGAAAGCAAGGUCUUGGAGAUAUGGUGCUGGUUGGUUAAGAGGACUUAUAGCAGAUUAUGGUGUGCCAUUGAUGGUUGUUGUGUGGACCGCUGUCUCAUACAUACCCGGGAGAAGUGUUCCUCAAGGAAUCCCUAGACGUCUCUUCAGCCCCAACCCAUGGUCUCCCGGUGCAUUUGAGAAUUGGACAGUCCUAAAGGACAUGCUGGAUGUGCCGGUUCUUUACAUUAUUGGAGCGUUCGUUCCAGCCACAAUGAUAGCUGUUCUUUACUACUUUGAUCACGGCGUAGCUUCACAGCUUGCCCAGCAGAAAGAUUUCAAUCUGAGAAAGCCACCCUCUUUCCAUUACGAUCUGCUUCUUCUUGGUUUCUUGACUAUCUUCUGUGGCCUCGUCGGAAUUCCUCCAUCAAAUGGUGUCAUCCCGCAAUCUCCAAUGCACACAAAAAGCUUGGCAACACUGAAACAUCAGUUACUCCGUAGUAAACUAGUGGCAGUGGCGCGUAAGUGCAUGAGGAAUAACGCAAGUUUAGGACAAGUUUUCGGAAGCAUGGAAGAGGCUUACCAACAAAUGCAGAGCCCUCUCAUAUACCAGGAGCCUUCUUCUCGGGGUCUCAAAGCAUUGAGGGAGUCAACUAUUCAGAUGGGUUCGAGCCUAGGAAACUCAGAUGAACCAGUUGAUGAGACGGUGUUCGAUGUGGAGAAAGAGAUUGACAAUAUAUUGCCGGUUGAAGUAAAAGAACAGCGGCUAAGCAACUUGCUUCAAGCCCUGAUGGUGGGUGGAUGUGUUGGAGCCAUGCCACUGAUAAGAAAGAUCCCAAGUUCUGUUCUUUGGGGAUACUUUGCAUUCAUGGCCAUCGAAAGCUUACCGGGCAACCAAUUCUGGGAAAGGAUCUUACUUCUCUUCACUGCCCCGAGUAGGCGAUUCAAGGUUUUGGAGGAUAACCAUGCUGCAUUUGUCGAGACGGUCCCGUUCAAGACGAUAGCGAUGUUCACAGUUUUUCAGACGGUGUACUUGCUUGUGUGCUUCGGGAUUACAUGGGUUCCGAUCGCUGGAGUUCUGUUCCCGUUGAUGAUCAUGCUUCUGGUUCCUGUCAGACAGUACAUAUUGCCUAAGUUCUUCAAAGGUGUUCAUCUUCAAGACUUGGAUGCUGCAGAGUAUGAAGAAGCUCCUGCCUUGUUAUCAUUCAACCUCACAACGGAAGGGGAAGUUAGCCGAGCGACGUCGUUUGCUGACAGCGGAGAGGUAAUGGACGGGAUGAUCACUAGAAGCAGAGGAGCAGUAAGAUCUGGGAAAGUGGCCGUUCGAUUUCUCAUUGGCCUCGUGAGUCAUCUUUCCCGUCACCGUUUUUCCCAUGGCGGCGGCGGAGCGACGGCUGCCGGAGGAAGCGAGACGAUGCGGCGAGUGGUGAGUUUCCAGAACCCGAGGGUGUCAGAAAAAGUGUACAUUCGGAGCUUUAGUGAAAUCAGAGGAGUAGAGCUUAGUCCUCGCUCUGCCGUCGCCGGAAGAUCGCCGUUCAGCCCUCGAACCGCCGCCGGAGAGUCGAGACUUUCCAAUUUAGGAAAGUGUGGAUAGUUUUUUAUUUCCAUUUUAAUCUCUUGUGAAAUUGACGAAAGAAGAAAAUGAGAGUGACGUCAUCAGUGUUAUGUUCCUUAUAUAUGUUUAUCUACAAUGUCCGAUUUUCUA